UCCGGGCUAGGAGCACAGUUUGUCAUGUCUAACUUUGACAGUUCAGUACUGCCUGUACAACAAGUAGGCUAAAACGAGGAGGAGAAUUAACGAUUUAUUUUUUGUUUUUAUUAGAGCUACUUGUUUACAAAUACUCACCGUUUAUAUUAGGGUAGUUCAUUCAUUGAGUAGGCUUCAAUAUCUAUUGGGAGUGGGAAACGAAGUAGCCUUGUCUUCUUCAACCGGAAAAGUAAAUGCAAAAACUUUAGUCUAAACUUGGACAAUAAAGAGCCGUUCGUGGACGGAGAUAUAGAGAGUAGCCUAUUUCCACAAGGAAAGCGACACGUGCGCACGUCAAAACCUGUGGAGAAUUUACUGCAUCUUCUAAGAUUACGUUGACAUUUUCAGUGACUGAAAAAGAAUCAAGGAAGAGAAGUUAAGACGGAUGUACCACAAUGCGUAACCAUUUGUGCUUCACAGAGUAGUUGCUGGUGAUUUGUAUUACCGAGCCACUGUGUAGACUACACGAUUGUUUUUACAACCUGGAAAAUGCGUCCUUUACUUUAAUGCUGACCUCGUCUAUUAGAGGAAUUUAUGAAACGUGCUGGACGACGAAGUAAAACAGGAUAUUGUUAUUUAUCACAUUGGAGUAGAAAAACCUAAAAGGAAUAAACAACCAUGGGGACACAAGGACCAGGACGGAAAAGAAUUCCUAACAAAGAACGAUUGACAGCAGAAGAUGAUGCUUUGAAUGUAAUUGCGAGAGAGGCAGAGGCCAGGUUGGCAGCCAAGAGGGCAGCGCGGGCAGAAGCCCGAGAGAUCCGCAUGAAGGAGCUGGAGAGGCAACAGAAAGAGAACUCCGAUGAUGAGGAGCGGAUGUCCGUUAGUAGCCGAGGGAGCGUACGGGUGGAUGAUCGGUUAGACAGAGACUAUUUGGAGAAGGGGUCCAGAGCUUCCACCCUCUCCUCAGCUACCCUCGCAUCGCUGGGCGGGACAUCCUCUCGGAGAGGCAGCGGUGACACGUCCAUCACUGCUGAAACGGAGACCUCCAUACGAGAGAUCAAGGAGAUUCACGAACUUAAGGAUCAAAUCCAAGAUGUGGAGGCCAAGUAUAUGCAGAGCCUCAAAGAACUCAAGGACACUCUCACAGAGAUGGAGGAGAAGUAUCGUAAAGCCAUGGUGUCCAAUGCCCAGCUGGACAAUGAGAAAUGCAACCUGAUGUACCAGGUGGACAUUCAGAAGGACUCGCUCAUGGAGUUGGAAGAGCUGCUGUUUGAGACACGCCGAGAGUACGAGGAAAAGUUCAAGGAACUGGAGCGGGAGAAACAUGCCCACAGCAUUUUGCAGUUCCAGUUCAGCGAGCUCAAGCAGACGCUGAAGCAGAGUGAGGAGCUACUGACUGAGAUCCGUCAGCUGAAUCUCCAGCGGGACGGCUAUGUUAGGGAGGUUGCUGACCUGCAGGAAACUCUGGAGUGGAAAGAUAAAAAAAUUGGGGCCUUAGAAAGGCAGAAGGAGUAUUCUGAUGCGAUCCGGAAUGAGCGGGAUGAACUCAGGGAUGAGGUUGUCCAACUGAAAGAUGUUUUGAAGAAACAUGGUAUUGUCCUUGGACCAGACUUUAGCACCAAUGGGGAGACAGGAGAGUCUGGUGAUGGAACAGGUCCGGCAGACUCUGACGCCAAGACGUCACCCACAGAGGGAAGCAGUGUACUUGGCAGAAGUGAGGAGAAGCGGCCUGGAGUUGUGGAGGCGGCUGAAGGCUUGCAGCCAAAUCAGCCGGAUGAGGCAGUGCCCCAGAACCAUGUGACCCCACCCUCCCCCAGUGGCCCUGCAAGUGUUGUAGAGACCUGCCAAUCAGAGGAGCCAGGGGCUCCACCAAUAGGAAACAAAGAAGAGAUCAAGUCAGGGAAUACCAUUAAUACAGAAUUGAACAAUCCGUGCAAUGACACAGUAGAGAGUGUGAAGAUGGCUUCUGUGGUUAAUGCAGGUGCUGAGGAUGAGGUCACGAGAGAAGAGAAGGCGUCUUUGGAAGCUUCAGGUAGUAGUGUAGAGAGAUGUAAGCCUCCCGGGGAGGUGGAGGAGAUGGGUAACUCUGAGAUAGCUGGGCUGGAUCCCAAGGCAGAAAACCAAUUAGUCCAGAAAGUUGAGGAGGUGUGUGCUGGAGAGCCAGCAGCAGAGAUUAGUGAAGAUGUGGAGGAAAUAAGUGUGACUGAUAAAUCCGAGAAUGCUAAAGUUGUUGAAACAGGAGAGGGCACUACCCCUGUGCCUGAAAUUAUUGUUAGUAUUGACACCUCAGACCAGUCAGAGGAGAAGCCAUCAGAGGGUGUUGCAGACUUGUCCUCCUCAUGCACAGUAGUAGCAGAGGAGGAGGCAUCACACCCACCAAAAACAGAGGCUGAAGCUGAGGCUGCACCAGUGAGUGAGGAGGAAGCUGAAGCAUCUCAGACCCCUGUUAAGUCCCAGGAGUCUCAAGGUACCAGUGCCUCUGGGAAGAAGAAGAAGAGGAAGAGGAAGGGUAAACAGAAGCAGAAAGGGGGAGCACAGAGUGACGUAAAACAAGACAAUAAAGACUCAAAAGCUCAGGGGGAGAGCUCACUGAGUAAAGAUCCAGGACAGGAAUCUGGAAAGGAGAACUCUGGAGGGAAGGCUGCGGGCAGCUGUGUGGAGUCUAUCCAACAAUCUCCUGUGUGUGGUGAAGACGAUAGCACUGCAGAGAAGAGGCCUCUGGCUGAUACAAAGGAUGAUGCAGCGUCAGGAGAAUCAGAAAAUAUGCCUUGCCUUCAAGCCUCAGACAACAAAGAUGAAAUAAGAGACGAACCUGCUCUGGUAAGCAGUGGUGACAGAGCCACUGAAAUCUCUGAAGUACAUCCUAAUCCUGAAAGUGAGAACAGAGAACAUCCUUCAAGUGAUUUAGAACAAUCUCCUGUGUGUGGUGAGGCCGAUAGCACUGUAGAUGAGAGGCCUCUAGCUGAUACAAAGGAUGAUGCAGCUUCAGAAGAAUUGGAAAAUGUGCCUUGUCUUCAAGCUUCAGACAACAAAGAUGACAUAAGACAUGAACCCACUCCAGUAAACAGUGGGGACAGUCCCACCGAAACCCCUGAAGCACAUCCUAAUCCUGAAAGUGAUCAUACAGAACAUCCUUCAAGUGAUUUAGAAUCUGGACCAAAUACGGAUAGUGUUCCAGGAGACACAGAUGGCAGUCCUGAAGACAAAGACCUUACAGAUGGCACAGAGCACAAUCUUUGUGAAGAUAAGGAUGACUCAGCCCCCAAGGUCACUGGAGAUGAGCAGAAUGAUGAAGUUGUUCAGUCAAAGAAGAUCGAUGAACAAGAAAGCACUGAAAUCUCUGUGGAUGCUUCUGAGUCCAUUGUAAACACUGAUGUCUCUGAGAGUUGUCAAGAUCAGCAAGUCCAAGUGGAGAGUCUUCCUUGUGACACUCCGAUAGAUGAACAACAACCCACUGACACUGAAUCCCAGUUAACUGAAUCAAAAUUGAAUGUAGAGCAUCAAGCUUUGGGUGACCUUUCAGAAGACACACAUGCAAGUGACUCUCUUGAUAACGAGUUGGCCGAGGAGAAACCUGAGGGAUCUUCAGCUGUACUUAUGGAUUCCUCAGAUGCUCCAUCUCAGCUUGAUGGCUCUGAAUCCACAGAGACAGAUCAAGCAGAAUCAACUUUGCACUCAACAGAAAACGGCACAAGUCAAGAUGACACCAGAGAGUCUUUGCCUGACACUGGAGAGAAUGGCACUGAGACUCAACCAGAUGAAGCAGAAAAGGCAAUUGAUGCAUGCGCACAGAGUGGAGAAGUUGUUCAACCCAUGGCUUCAACAGAUGAAGAAAGCGAGCCAGUCAUCCAAGACCAGCUUGUUGCCACUGCUUCAUCUGAAGACCACCCCAGAGAAGCAAGUCCUGAAACAAGCGAUCCUGCGCCCAAGUCAAAAGCAGAAGAUGAUGAGGAAGAUGAUGAGGGGGAAGAAUUUCAAUUUGAAGAUCAAGAUUUAGAAUUAUUGCCUGAUAGCCCCAGACAACCCCUUACAGAGGAAACUAAAGGAAAUAGUUGUUCUAAGACGGAGGUGAAUGAAGAAGGUCGUCAGGGACAAGAUCAGGACAACAAUGGUAGUCAAGAGCAAAGUAGUGUAGAACAGCAAGAGGGUGGAGGGAAAGCUGAGGAUGAGGAACUUGAGACUGGACAAGAACCCAAGGUUCUUGGGGAAGAGGGUAGUGUAGGAGAGGAACCCAAAACAGAGGAAGCUGAUCAGGGAGAGUCUUCAGGGAUGGAUCACACCCCAGCAAAUCCUGAGCAUCCAUUAAGUAGCACAGAGGUUGAGGCUGAUGCCGCAGAAAAAGGAGAGGCCGGUUCAAUCAGUGGGGAUUCUGAGGGAGCAGGUCAGGUUGCAGAGGUAGAGUCAAGCCGACAAGGAGAGCCAACGAGGAAAGAUUCUAAAAAAGGAAAGAAAAACAAGGGGAAGGGGAAAGAGGACUGCAAAAUGUCUUAGUCUAAAUCUUGCCUGAAAAUAAAAUUUACCAAGGGGAGAGCUACAUAAUCACUUGAAAUUAUCUCAGUGCCUAAUGAGAUAAACAUAUAAAACAGGUUAUAUAACUAUCAGCACUCACAUAUUAUUUGAACAGUUUGAAGCAUGCAUUAGAAUAUUACUUUGAACAUUUCAGCGGUUUUGUAAAGUUGGAUAUUUUAACUAUUUGUCAGUCUGAAUGAACCUUUAAAUAGAUAGUGGCUCACUUGACAGUUGAAUUGUUGAGUUGACAGUUGAGUUGUUGACAGUUGAACAGCACUUCAAGUUUUCAGUGUUUUAUGACCUGGAUAUGCACAUAUCUGGCUUAAUGUUGUUACACCUCCAGUUGUUUUUGAGCAAUUGGAGGCUUGCAAGGCUCACUUGUGUAGUGUUGAGUAUAAUGUGUAUUAAUAUUACUAUGAUGAAUGUAGAUGGGAGAGAAGACCAAUCCAAUAACUUAUUUAUUUUACAAUUCUGCACCAGGAAGAACAGUCUGUUGAGAAAAGAUUUCAUAAAACUUUUGGGCUUGUCAGAUUUCAUGUACAUGUCACUAAGUGUCGUUUAUUACAAACUUGAUGUCGACAAACAACAAAUUUAACUGUUAGAUCAUUUGGGCAGUGGGGGGGGGGGGGUUCUAUAUCUGUGGGCUGCUUCACAGAGAUGAUGUAAUGUUUGGAAAAUUUGUAUUUUCAAUAAAAAAUACCCUAGUAGAGUAUCAGUAAAAUCCUAUGGCUUUUAUAUUGACAUUCCAUCUCGUCACAAUGUUCAUUCAUCCCAAUGCCGAGAAUUUGGGAAGGUAGUUCUUUCCCUUAGGACAUACCUUGGCAUGCUACAACCAAAGAGCUUAUGUGUUUUGAUAUUAAUAUUAAAUAAAAUCCCGUGUCUUACGUUU